UUUGUGUUAUUUAGGAGUCCAAGUUCAACCCCAGAAACUUUAGUUGUGUCCAGCGAUCAGGCGUGGUCAGUACGGAGUUGACAAGAUGAUGGGGCCGAAGUAUAUCCUGUUGGCCGUGGUAGUAUCUGUAACGGUUGCUCAAGUUUCUAGUAGAGUUAAUGAUAAUGAAAAGAAAAUCCAUCCGGACUUGCCUUCUCUGCCGCAAUCCAGAGCGGCAGGUCUCGAACUUAACAGUGACUUUUGGCACAACAGCGCACAAGCUACUAUCGCCUCCAAGCUCAGACAGAAAUUGAAUAAUAAUAAGGCAAAGAAUAUUAUAAUGUUCUUGGGAGACGGAAUGUCCUUGCAUACCGUUGCUGCUACAAGGUCGCUCAUUGGUGACGAAGCCACGCAAAUCUCUUUCGAGAAAUUCCCACAUAUAGGACUAUCGAAAACUUACUGCGUUAAUAAACAAGUCGCAGAUUCAGCAUGCACCGCCACCGCCUACCUUUGUGGAGUGAAAGGGAAUUACGGAACAAUUGGAGUCAAUGCGAAAGUCGAAAGAUACAACUGCGAACAGGGAUUGGAUGAAACCAACUUCACUCCAAGCAUAGCGAAGUGGGCUCAGGAUGCCGGAAAGGACACUGGAUUAGUUACGACAGCGCGAGUAACGCACGCUUCGCCCGCUGGUCUGUAUGCACAUACAGCCAACCGAGAUUGGGAAAAUGAUGAAAAAAUCCGAGGUAAUGGUUGCGAUUCGACAAAAAAUACUGACAUUGCUCAGCAGCUCGUUUUUUGGGAAACCGGAAAAAAUAUGAAAGUUGUACUUGGAGGUGGACGCGGUGAGUUUUUGGACGCGUCCAUGAAGGACGGAGAAGGAUUAGCUGGGUGGAGAGGUGAUGGCCAAAAUCUUGUUGAAAAGUGGUUAAGCAAUCACAAGUCCAUGGGUAAUGCGACAUACGCAUGGAAUCGCGAUGAACUUCUGGCAGUGGACCCAGAGAAAACCGACUAUUUGUUGGGGUUAUUCAAUGAGGGACAUUGCUCCUUCCAUGGAGAUCUGAAGCGAGAGGGACGCGAUAAAAUCGAACCAACUCUUACCGAAAUGACUGAGGUCGCAAUCAAAAUGUUGCAAAAGAGUGAAAAUGGUUUCUUCUUAUUCGUGGAAGGAGCACGUAUUGAUAUGGCACAUCAUGAUACGAAGGCUAGGAAGUCACUUGAAGACACGGAGGAGUUUGCCAAGGCACUUCAAAGGGCAAGAGAUAUGACUUCCGAGGAGGAUACUCUUAUUGUCGUAACUUCUGAUCAUGCGCACACUCUCACCAUCAAUGGUUAUCCGAUGAGAGGAUCGAAUAUCUUGGGACUUUCUGGGGACUCGGGAACAGACGGCAUUCCCUAUACAUCCAUUUCUUAUGCUAAUGGUCCAGGAUUCGAUAACACCUACAAGGAGACUGGCGGUGGUCGACGCGAUAUCACCAACGACGAUUUCACAGAUGCAGAUUAUUUAUACCCAGCUACGGUGCCAUUGGACUCCGAAACUCAUGGAGGAGAUGAUGUCGGUAUUUUUGCAUCCGGACCUCAUUCACAUUUGUUCGAUGGUAAUUUCGAGCAAAACAACAUCCCCUACUUGAUGGCUUACGCAGCAGGCAUUGGACCAUACGAGGGACGUACAGAUGGAGCAGCAGAAGUCACAGUUACACUGUCCCUUCUGAUUGGGUCAGUGCUAGUAGUCUUAGGAUAUCUGUAUUAGUUUCCUUAUAGGGGAGAAGAAAAAAAGUGUGAUGUUUUC